CUAAAACUGACUCGCUUUAAACAGACUCAUUUGCGUCACAGUUUGAAACCCCAGCUUGGUCUGACACUGAGGCAACUUCCUGCACUUGAAUUAAACACUGCGAAGUUUCUGAAGCGGCAUAAAGUAUCCGAGUCAGAAAGGGCUGCCAACCAGACAUCAGCUAAUAGCCAUGACUACCAAGCUCAACUUGAGGUCAUUUCUUUUUCUUUUCACUGUGAGCUGCUGGGUCUCAGGCAGUUAUUCACUUGGUGUAGUAGAGAAGAAUCUGGAAAAUACAACCGUCUCCAACUACACACAGCAAUAUAACAAUGAAACCAUGCUUCAGCCCACAAAUGGACCUCCACAGACCACGGGGAUCAGAGAAGAACUGUCGGUUACAGCUCGCACACCAAGCCAGAAUACUACAGAAGUAGCCCACAGUCAACCUGCACAGGGAAAUGGAACUUCUGAAAACCUUUAUAACAUAGAAGGAACUGAAACAAACAGCACCAAACAUCAACCAGCAGGUAACGAAAGUAUGGCAGGUACUGAAAGUCCUGCACAAACCGCAUUCCCUGAGAAAAAUCGCAGUUUGGACCUCACAACGCCAAGCUCUGCUCCAACAUUUUCUGCUUCAGUAGGAGCAAAUGGAACGAAUGCCACAAAUUCUGCCCCUAUUUUGCGGACGACGCAUCAUAUGGUAAUAGACGCUACCACAUCAAGAACAUCGUUCAAGCCAGCAGUUUCGACAACCAGAGAUAUAAAAACCACUCCAACUCACACGUCAACUAAACCAUACAGCACCCAAAAAACAGACAAAUCAACUACCAAACUUUGUCCUACUGCUGAACCAAAAAGGGAAGGUCUUGUUGGUCGGUGCCUCAUCGCCAUCGCCAGUUUGGCUGCUCUAGCAACCAUCUUCAUCAUGACCACCAUCAUCUUGGCCACGAAGUUGGCAGGGAACAGAUACAGGCACAGGGGGAGCCUGCUUAAUGACACGGAGAUGGUCUGCAUAUCUACCCUAAUGAACGAUUCCGAUCAUCCCAUGCCCACUCCGAGACACCCGAAAAGCAACGGAGCACUGAUCCCCAUCACUGAAGAUGAAGACGGUGAUGAUCUCACUCUCAACAGCUUCCUGCAUGAUACAGAAGCUUUGGCAUAGACAUUAGGAUCUUUGGAUUUUGUAUGAAAAUCUUAAACCUGACUGAAAAUCAAAACAUCCAAGCAUUUGCCUUGAAGAUCAGGUUGGUCACAUCCUCUCAUUCUUUUUUUCUUGAAGUGGAGUAUGUGGUGAAAUCUUUUUUUUUUUUUUUUUUUUUUAAGUCAAGCUUUUCUUUUAAUGGUAAACAAAACUGAAGCACAUCAUAAUGCUGAACAGGAGACUCACAGAACUCGAAUCAUUUGUAAAAUACUCAAACAGCAUGAACUUGUGCCUGCAUUCGGUCUAUGCCAAAUCUGUCAUAUCCUGAUGAAUAGAGAUUAGUUUCCUCAAGAGGCCCAAGAGAAGCUGGUUGUCAACACAGAUGAUAAUAUUUGUGUUUGCACUGGUGUUGCAUAGGGAAAUGUGUAAGCUCUUUAGACUGACAAGAGGAAGAGGAAGUGUUUUUUUUUUUUUUUAAUAUAGUUGUGCAUCGAAGUGUGGCAGUAGAGCUGCUUAGUGACGGGAACCUUAAACUGUGGCCACCUUUCAAACCAAACCUCAAAAAAAAAAAAUAUAUGAAGGUCUAAAUUUUGAUGUAUCUUGUUACUUCAUUACUUCAGAAAAAAACAUGCACAUGUAGAAAAAUGAACUGCUUUAUACAUGGUCUUUUUUUAGUCCUACUCUAUUUAUCGUUAUUUUUAUGUUUUGCAAUCCACUUUUUUUUUUUAAUCACAAGUCAGUUGACUCAUUUUGUAUAGUUAUGUUCCUAUUUCCAGUCUUUCAUGAUUCGUAAUUUCCUCCAGCAAAACAGUUCAGCUGCUAGUUUGUUAUUAGCAUGUGCAAGCAGCAGCUUUCUGAGGUUUCUCAUCGUGGUGUGCAUCAACCCAAAACUCAUAGUGGACUCACACAACCAUGGGCUCAGAGAUUAAGCUCAUGGGACCGUAAAGAAGAUUCAUUAUCAUGGGUUCAUCUGCAGCGCUGCGUUGUAUAUUUAUCUGUUCGUCUUCAGUAACCGCUUUAUCAUAGUCAGCAUUGUUUUAUGGUUUAAAUGAUUAUUUUAUAUUUUGCUAAAUAGAAGCGAGCAGGUACAAUCCAAAAUAAUAUAUUCUAUCAGGAUUUCUUCAGGAGCCAAGUAAAGUGGGAUUAAACUAUUAUAAAACCGUGAUCUUAGAUUGCAAAAGGAGCAGGCACUCAGCAAAUACAUUUUAUUUUAUUUUAUUUUAUUUUAUUUUAUUUUAUUUUAUUUUAUUUUAUUUUAUUUUAUUUUAUUUUAUUUUUAUUAAGUCCUUCAAGCUGCAGUUUUGCACCAUCUACGUCAUUUCAUAGAAAAAGCAGCCGUAUCUAAUAACAGCCACCCUUACAGACUCCUAACCUUUUAAUGAGCGCUUUAUUCCUAUCCAUCAUCCAGCACACCCACACUUGAGGGCAACUUAAAGUAGUCAAUCAAUCGACUGGCAUGUUUCUUGGAGGUUGGAGGAAACCUACACAGACACAAGAAAAACAGAACCUAAAGCUCAAGAUGGAACUGGAGACCCUGGAGUUGAAAGAUGGUUUCUUAUUUAUUGCUUUAUCUACUUUUUUUUGUUAAUAUUCUCCUUUGAUUGUAUAAGUAUAUUAAACCUGUGUAUUAAAAUAAUUGCCUCUGUAUUUUUAAAAGUUGUGUGUUUUCUGCAGGUCACAGAUUUCCAGUCCAGUUAGUCGACUGACUUAUUGAUGCAAAACAGAAAUACUGGAUUUAAAUGGACUGGAACAGUAUGUGACCAUAUUGGUAUAAAGAUAUUAUGUUAAAUAUAUCCUAAUAAAGUGUAUAGUGAAUUAAAAUAUUCAUCUCUGUAUACAUAUUGAAUGUAACUGUAUUGCUGAUUGUAGUGAUGUGUACAGUAAAAGUCUGCUCUGUGGAGUUUACUUUAAUGGAGGGAGGUUUGUGUGCCUUUGAGCCAUCUGUAGAGAUUUCUUUAUGUUUUGUAUUGUAGCAGACAAAAUAUCAUGAAGGCAUUAAGCUUAACUUGAUGAACAGACCAAACAAAGCCAUUUUUAUUUUUUUAUUUUUAUUUUUUUGUAACACCUGCUUUAAAGGUGAAGUGGGAGCACAUAAGGUUGCUCUUGGGGGUCCCUGAUUAUGAGCAUCAAGAACAUUAAAUGCUCAUCUGUGAGAUAAAUAGGUUAUCAUUUAACAUGUGUUCAGGAAAUUUCAAAAUAGAUUUGUGUGAUUUAGACCUUGUACAUUUAUAUAUAUACAGUAUGUAAGCUGUACAGUAGGACUGUAGAUGGGAGGUUUAUUUUAAAACUUGUGCAUACGUGAACUGUGUGUGUGUGUGUGUGUGUGUGUGUGUGUGUUUUUGCGGCCAAGAGGCUGUAAUCGCAAAAGCCUGAUGAGAGAGAGCAAAAACCAGGUUCAGAAAUAAGAGCUACACCCAGCGCCCACAGAGAGCCUCACCCAUGGGAGGUGCGCACCACAUAAGACUUAAAACAGGGCCUUUAACAAGUGACUGAAAAUACUUUAAAAAAAUUGUUAAAUCAUUUAAUAUAGAGUGCAAACAUCAGAAUGGGGAAAAAGUCUGAUCUCUCUGACUUUAACCGUGGCAUGGUUGUUGGUGCCAGAUAGGUACGUUUAAGUAUUUCAGAUCUCCUGAGAUUUUUUUACACACAUCAUUCUGUUGAGUUUACACAGAAUGGUGUGAUAAACAAAGAAAGUCUAGAGUAACUCAAAUAAUCACUCUUUACAACUGUGAUCUCAGGAUACAAAAAACAUCAAAGGCUGAGGUGGAUAGACUACAACAGCAGAAGAACACAUCAGGUUCUACGUCUUUCAGCCAAGAACAAGAACCUGAGGCUAUCAUGGGAAACACCUUUGCUUUUCUGCUCACCAAUCACCGGUUGUAAAGUGAUUAUUUGACUUAAUAUAAACUGGUCACUCUCACAUCAAUGAGUUUGACAGACCCUCCACUUACAGGAUUUUUUUUCAUACUAUUCUGUCUAAACUGUAGAGACUGUUGUGCGUGAAAAUCUCAUCAGUCAGUGAAAGUGAAUCAUUAAUCAUAUGAAAUAUUUAGAGUAUAAAUGACAUAUACAAGUACAGGAAUAAGAGUACAUAUUUAAUUGAAUUAUUGUGUAUUUAGUUAUAUAGAGCUGUAGUGUGUGUACAUUGCUCAAAAGCUCCUGGUUACACAACCCCACUUGACUAUAUACAACUGUAGAAAUGACAUUAUUCAUAAUCACACUCUCCAGUGUCACCAAGAUGAGGUGAGAUGAGAUUCCUCUCAAUGUUUCUUCAACACAUCAUCUCUGAGAGUUUUUCCUCACCACAGGCUUGAUCAUUAGGGAUAAAUAUAAUUUUAACAUUUGCAGUUUUUACUGUGAAUGUUUAUAUUUUUGUAAAGCGGCUUUAAGACAACGUCAGUU